AUGUCCGAAGAAAAAGAAAGAUUGAGACAAAAAUACGAAAAAGAAGAGCAAUUAGCAUAUAAUGGUAGUAGUAGUCAUGGUGGUGGUGGAUUGCCCGAAGCGCCACCAGCUUAUGAGGAUAUUCAAUCGCAGCAAAAUCCAUAUACUAAUGAAAAGCUUGAUUACGAGAAACCACCACAAGCAAAUGACCACAACUUGGUUGUCAAUCAAGAUCAACCUAACGUAUACAAAACUAAACCCGAAUUGGUGAAUAUUAAUGAUGCUCCGGCAGAGUACUUGAACCCACAGUAUGCCAAGUUUAGACAAAAUCAACAAUCUAAAGUAGCUAGAGGCGAGCAUGCUAAUUGGGACCCGAAACCUUUAUUAAACCCAGGUCACGUGAGCAACCAAAAAAUACAACUGUCAUUUCCAGGAAAGAGCGGUGCUACAUAUCACAAUGCAGCAGACAAACAAUAA